CUGGCUCAGCCCGCGGUGGCUGCUGCUGCUGCUUCCCGCCAGUCUCCCCGGCCCGCCCCGAGGACUAUGAUCGUGGACAGCAACCGGGAGGCGCCGGCCGACGGCGACUCCGGCUCCGUGAGCAGCCCCCUCAACCUGGCCUAUUUCUAUAGCGCCUCCCCCUACUCCAGCGAUGGCAGCUGCUCGCCCGCUCACUCCACCCCGGGGUCGCCCGGCUCCGACUCCGACCUGUCCGUCAGCAGCAGCGGCGGCGGCGGCGGCCGGAGGAGGGACUCCCUGGAGGGCGUCCGCCAAGCCCUGCAAGCUGAACACCACAUGGGGGGAGGAAAGCAGCACAGAGGACCUUUCCAAGGGGUUCGUGUGAAAAAUUCAGUGAAGGAGCUCCUAUUGCACAUUAGAAGCAACAAACAGAUGUCCUCAGGCCAUGUUGCCGAUGAAUUCAAGGCACAAGCAGGAUUGAUGAACUACGAACAGUUUACAGAGUUGAAGAACAUACUCGCUCACAGUGGUAAAAGAAAGGCUCACGAGUCCCUCUGUGAUGGACCCAGUUACAAAAGACCAGCUACUUUCCAUUCUCACCUCUUGACACCACCACAAACACCAACCUCUAUGGAUAACAUGGAAGAAGCCCAUAAAAAUGAACCAAAACAUAACGGUUCUGACAUGCUUCAAAACAUUAUAAAUAUUAAGAAUGAGUCAAAUCCUGUUUCUCUGAACACAGUGCAGGUCAGCUGGCUGCACAGCAUAUCUAACCAUAACUCACCAGGGGAACGAUAUCAGGAUAUCCAAGGGGCACAGGCUUUUUCCCCUUCUGAGAAGUACCAAGCCUUCCAAGCCAAUAGUCCCCAACAAAUGCUGGAUCCACCCCAGAAUUACCAGUUUUCUUCCUCACAGACUCAGGAUUUGCCACAGAAAUAUACUCGAGAUUCAUUACUGGAAUACAGGCCAUUUUCUGGCAAUGACCAGUCCCCUACCUACCAACAGAAUGUCUUUGAAAGCCACGAACUGCCGUAUUGCCCAGGCCAAAGUUUCGCAUCUCUCUUGAAUGAAUCUGAACACUCAGAGAAUAUACUCCAGCCUCUAGCCACUGCCCAUCAGCAGUCUGAUGUCAAUGCCCCUGCUCAGAAUUUCGGCCUAGUGCAAAAUAACAGCUGUAGUACACUCGAUGGACACAAUUCAUCUCUGGCUGCUCUGAAUGUCUCUCUACAACACCAAGGUAUUGUCAGAAACACGACACAGCUGGGCAAGUCAUUCUUUCAGUGGCAAGUGGAACAGGAAGAGAACAAACUGGCCAACAUCUCUCAAGAGCAGAUCCUUGCAAAAGACUCAGAUGGGGACACGUUCCUUCACAUUGCUGUUGCCCAGGGCCGACGGGCUCUUUCCUAUGUUCUUGCUAGAAAGAUGGCUGCUCUGCACAUGUUGGAUAUUAAAGAACACAAUGGCCAGAGUGCCUUUCAGGUGGCCGUGGCUGCCAAUCAGCAUCUUAUUGUCCAGGACCUGGUUAGCCUGGGGGCCCAAGUGAACACCACAGACUGCUGGGGUAGAACGCCAUUGCAUGUUUGUGCUGAGAAGGGGCAUUCCCAAGUCCUUCAGGCAAUCCAGAAGGGAGCCAUUGGAAGUAGUCAGUAUGUGGCCCUUGAGGCGACAAACUAUGAUGGGUUCACAGCUUUGCACUGUGCAGUGCUGGCCCAUAACGCUGUGGUGCACGAACUCCGGAACAGUCAGCCGCCGCACUCUCCUGAAGUCCAGGAGCUUCUGUUGAAAAACAAGAGCCUGGUGGACACCAUCAAAGCUCUGAUCCAAAUGGGAGCCUCUGUCGAAGCAAAAGAUGGUAAAAGUGGUCGCUCUGCUCUGCAUUUGGCAGCAGAAGAAGCCAAUCUGGAGCUUAUUCGUUUCUUUUUGGAUCUACCUAACUGCCUGUCUUUCGUUAACGCAAAGGCUUAUAAUGGCAACACAGCACUCCAUGUGGCUGCUAGCCUGCAGUAUCGGUUGACUCAGUUGGAUGCAGUUCGUCUGCUGAUGCGAAAGGGAGCUGAUCCAAGUGCUAGAAACUUGGAGAAUGAGCAACCAGUUCACCUGGUUCCUGAUGGCCCUGUAGGAGAACAGAUACGACGUAUCCUGAAGGGGAAGGCAGUUCAGCAAAGAGCUUCGCCAUAUUAAACUCCUUGUGUCUUGGAGUUCAGUACACUCACUGUCAGUUAGGCAGUCCUAAUGUAUCUGUAAAUAGACCAUUUGCCCUGUGAAGGCAAAUGUGAGUUGUUUCUAUGAAACAAAAGUAUUUAGUUCACUAUCAUAUAGUGGGUUAUGUUAACAAUUCAAAUUCCUCUGAACAGAUGGGAAUGUUCCAUACUCAGGUGUCUGAAUACCUGGAUUUAAUAGCUGUGGCAAGCUGACUUAUUUAAACAGUUUAACUAGUUUUGAGGCAAGGACGAUUAUAUUGAAGGUUUUUUUGUAUUUAGAUAGGUAUGAGAUGGCAACAAUGUUCAGUUCUUUUUUUAAUCACACAAAUAUUAAUUUAUGGAGAAAAACUAAUAUUAAUUUUAGGGGCCAACAGAAUAUUUAUAUUUCUCAGUGUUUUAUGCUGUACUGUAUAUAAAUCAGUAGCAUUAUCCUGCUAUUCAAUAGUUCUUUGUAAUUGCUUGAAA